AACAUUGCUAUAUUUAAUAUUAACUCCGUAAGGUCAUGUCAAAGAUUUACAUUACAGUGAAAUCAAACUUUGAUGCUUCAAAUCUUAUAAUUAGACUUAAGCUGCAGACAGGGUCACGUAUUAUUCUGCUUUUAAAAUCUUGAACAAUGUAAAAAAAAUUAAAACCUAUCUAGAGCUAGUUAUUGUUUUAUAUUUGAUUUCAGUUGUAUUUAUUAACUCUGUAAUAAUUCUUUUUUUUAACGAAAACAUUUUUGCAGCUGUGCACAUUCAUUAUAACUAAUCGCUUUGCUCGCUUGCUUUAUUUAGCAUGAAGCAAUGUAGUACUUGGAGUUAUUUAAAAUAAGCACUUUCUUAAAUUUUAUCCCAGCCCAUUCUCAAGAUCUUAUCCUAAUCCAAACAAGUUUGCCAUAACUAAACGGGUGUCAUAGGCUCUCGCGGCAGCAGACUCGGUUGUCUGGAGAUCCCUGGCGGCGGAAUCUCUUUCUCUCGUCCCGGGAAACCCUGAGAAGCAGUCGCAGCGGUUAACGGAGCUCCAUUCAUCUGGACCGAUGCGAUUUUUUUCGUCUUGUAAACUGACGUAACAACAUUACGAUGAAAGGAUACAUUUUCUUGCUUUAUGAAAGCCUCGACGACCGUGUAGUCACCAGGGGGCACGCACGCGUUUAACGCAGCGCGGGAAACGCUGUACGAUUGUACGCUUUCAAACGGACGGAACGGGUUCGGAUGCAUGUCGAUGACUCGAUGUUCAGCGGAACUAGCAGCAGCAGCAGCAUUCAUAUCGCUAUAGUUUUGUGUUGCGGGAGGGUUGCUGCUGCCCCCAUCCAUCUCUCCGGCUGUUGUUGUGAAUUGAUCUAACAUGGCGACUGCACCCGUGUAUUGCAUCUGCAGAUUACCUUACGACGUAAAUCAGUUUAUGAUCGAAUGCGACGCCUGCAAAGACUGGUUUCACGGCAGCUGUGUGGGAGUGGAUGAAGAUGAAGCACCAGAUAUUGAUAUCUACCACUGUCCAAACUGUGAAAAGACUCACGGCAAAUCCACCUUGAAAAAGAAAAAGAGCUGGUAUAAACACGACACGGGGCAAAGUGGAGAUGUCAAACCGGUUCAGAACGGCAGUCAGGUGUUCAUAAAAGAGCUACGCAGCAGGACGUUCCCCAGUUCAGAAGAUGUAGUGGUGAAGCUGUCAGGAAGUCAGUUAACAUUGGAUUACCUUGAAGAGAAUGGAUUCAAUGAGCCAAUUCUGAUCCAGAAGAAAGAAGGUCUGGGAAUGGCCAUGCCUGCACCCACAUUUUACAUCAGCGAUGUGGAAAACUAUGUUGGGCCUGAUGUUCUUGUGGAUGUUGUCGAUGUAACCAAACAGACGGACAGCAAGAUGAAGUUAAAAGAGUUUGUUGAUUACUACUAUAGCACAAACAGAAAGAAAGUAUUAAAUGUGAUCAACUUGGAGUUUUCAGACACAAGAAUGGCCAAUAUUGUGGAGAGUCCGCAGAUAGUUCGAAAAUUGUCCUGGGUCGAUAACUACUGGCCAGAUGAUGCAUUGUUGGGAAAACCCCAAGUGUCCAAAUACUGUCUCAUCUGUGUAAAAGACAGCUACACAGACUUCCAUAUCGAGUGUGGCGGUGCCUCUGUAUGGUAUCAUGUACUUAAGGGAGAGAAAAUCUUCUUUUUGAUCAAGCCCACCUCUGCCAACCUGUCUCUAUAUGAGCGCUGGAGAUCCUCCUCUAACCACACAGAGAUGUUUUUCGCCGACCAGGUGGACAAGUGUUACAAAUGCACAUUGAAACAAGGGCAGACUCUCUUCAUUCCAUCAGGAUGGAUUAAUGCAAUACUGACUCCUGUAGACUGCUUAGCCUUCUCCGGACACUUUAUCCACAGUCUAAGCGUAGAGAUGCAAAUGAGAGCAUAUGAAGUGGAAAAAAGACUCAAGGUUGCCAGUCUCACUCCAUUUUCAAACUUUGAAACGGCAUGUUGGUAUGUGGGAAAGUUUUACCUGGAACGGUUUAAAGGUUUACAUAAGGCAAAUAAGCAGCCGCCUCCCUAUUUGGUACAUGGUGCCAAAAUCGUCAAUGGAGCGUUUAGAUCAUGGACAAAAAAACAGGCUCUUUUAGAACACGAGGACGAGCUUCCAGAAAACAUGAAACCAGCCCAGCUCAUUAAAGACCUUGCCAAAGAGAUUCGGAUUUCAGAGAAUGCUACAAAAGCCAUAAAGAGUGAACCCAGCAAUUCAAAGCCCCCAGCAGAGGAACCUCCAUCUGCUCCAUCUGAACCAGAAGAACCCAUGUCCCCCGCCCGAAGCUCCACUCCACCGAGAGAUAAGCCAGCCAGGAAGAAAGCCACGAAGCCACCGAAACCACCUAAACCGCCCAAAAUGCCCAAGGCACCCAAACCGCCGAAGGUGCCCAAAAUAAAAGAAGACGGCAAGAAGAAGUGCAAAGCGAAAGAUGGUAUUUUACCAGAGAAAAAGCCUUCGAGUCUGGCAGCUCUCGAGUCUCAUGCAAAGGACAUCCUAAACAAGAUGGACCAGCCCAAAAAAGUAAAGAUGGCUAAGACUGGCUUGAGUGUCAUGGAGAAGGAGACAAGUAAACCCAAUGACGUUCAGAAGUUUGAGAUGAUUCGAGAACACAAUAAGAACAAGACCGAGGCGAAAUGGAAAUAUAAGAACAGCAAACCUGAUUCGUUGUUGAAAAUGGAGGAAGAGCACAAAUUUGACAAAACGUUACUCGGACACAAAGACAACAAAUUUGGGUUUUCAAUGUCGAAUAAAAAGUUCCUGGGAUCAAAGACAUUCAAGACACAGACCAAUUCAAGUGUUUUUGGCUCUAUACAAAACAUUAAGGAGGAAAAGCCCAAGCCCGUGAGAGACGAGUACGAGUACGUCUCUGAUGAGGGAGAGCUUAAGAUCGACGAAUUCCCAAUCAGGAGGAAAAAGAAUGCUGUCAAGAGAGAGUUUUCUUUUUUAUCAAACAUCAGAGAGCCCAUUCAGCCGUCGAAAAAGCCAAAGUUUCAACCGUCGGUCAUAAAGAGUGCAGAUUCUUCAGAUGAAGAAUCGCUCCACAUAGACACAGAGGCAAAGAUGGAUGUCAAAGGUCGUAACUCCAAGGUGUCCAAGAAGAAAGGAGGAAGUUCAGCCGGGAUUCUGGACCUCUUACAGGCCAGCAAACAAGUGGGCGGCAUUGACUACAGUAACAACAGUCAGCCACCUGCAUCCCCCAGCACACAGGAAGCCAUUCAGGGCAUGCUGUCCAUGGCUAACCUGCAGUCAACAGACUCAUGUCUGCAACCCACAUGGAGCAACAGCCAAGCUAAGAACAACUCCCAUGGCGGCACGGGCAGCAAGAAGCCGAGCGGGACAGCCGGCGGAGCAAACAGUAAGAGGCCAGCCAAACGCCUACCCAAGAAAACGCAAAAGAGCAGCAGCGUGGACAGCUCGGACAUGUUCGAUGAUGACCAGGACCACCUGGAAGCUUGCUUUAAGGAUUCUGAUUAUGUUUAUCCAUCUCUGGAAUCUGAAGAGGAUAACCCCGUUUUCAAAUCCAGAUCGAAAAAGAGGAAAAAUACAGAUGACACUCCGUAUAGCCCAACAGCGCGAGUCGGACCGACUGUACCGCGUCAGGAAAGACCAGCGCGAGAGGGAGCACGAGUGGCGUCCAUUGAGACGGGACUGGCGGCUGCAGCAGCCAAACUCUCUCAUCAGGAAGAGCAGAAGAUCAAGAAAAAGAAGAAGAAUACCAAAAAGAAGCCCAUGGUGGUGGAAGAGCCGCACAAACUCUCUCAGGACAGCAGUUCUCCAGAAGCCACACCGGACUCGGAAAGCAACCAGACCGAGCACGAGUACAACACUGGGACAGGCAAGACUGCCGGUAGCUCGCAACCCAUGGCCCCCGGAGUCUUCCUCAACCAGCGAAGACCUUCGUCAUCGUCGUCGUCUCAGAUCACAUCAUCUGUCCCACCAGCAAAGGUCGAACGUGGGAACUCAACAGACGCCAAAGCCAAGCGACUAAAGAAGGGAAUGGCGACGGCCAAACAGAGACUAGGAAAAAUCUUAAAGAUUCAUCGUAACGGCAAACUCCUGCUGUAACACGGACAGCGAGAGACUCGGACAUUCUCCCGGUGUUUAUGAGCAGCCUGACCUGAUCCCUAACUCAGUGAGCCGGGAUGAGAGCAGUAUAAACUGACACAGCCGGGAACGCAAACAGAAGUUUUCAAUUUCUAAGAAGAACAUAGCUCAGACAGGUUUUUGCCUCUUCUUUUACUUUAUAACUUUCAGAUAUUAAAAAUGUACAGAAUACCUGCUAUUAAUAUUUUGUAAGAAGAAUCUGUCUUGUUUUACUACGGCUAUCAGUUUAUCAGGGGGUGCUUAUAUAUUAUAAGAUACAGUACAUAGCAGUCAUUCCAAGGUGAAGAAAGUAUCCCUUGCAUGUGUUCAGCUGCAUGCAUUUUUGGGGGUGGGCCGGAGGGGUUUGCAAACAAUAAGUUCAUUAAUGCUUUGGAUGUGGCUUAUCAUUGUCUUUUUAAACAAGUUUCAAUAACUGCCCGGGUGAUUUUAAUAUCCCCCAUAUGAAAUUUACUUGAGCAUUUUUAAACCCAGUACUUACACAGGAUGAAUAAAUACUGUAAGUAUUUUUCUGUUUGCAAAGCACUAUCACAGAUAAUAUUUAUUGACUUAAUAUAAUUGUACAUGUCAUAGGUAGUUUGAGGAAAGCCAGAAGGCACUUACAAAACAUCAGUGAAGCACAAACAUGAUAUGUUACUGUAAGUAAUCUUAUAUAUCUGAAUAACAGCUACUAUAAAAAGGCAACUGUAGCUCUUGAUUUUAAUUGUAUAGUUUUUUUUAUUUUGUUAACAGAUAUAGGAAGCAUUUAUGUUAUAAAAAUUAUGUGGGAAAAAUCAUUACAUAUCAUAUCAAUAACAACACACAUUGUUAUUCUAACAAUUCCAAUUAUUUGCAAUGAACACACAUGAUCUUUUUUAUUUUAUUUGAUUGUUUUUCAUUUUUUAAAUGUUGAUUCUAACAAUUACUAAUUUUAUGUCAUCAUUUCUUCGCAUCACUUUAUUGUUUAUCGAUGUAGCUCUUAUAUUACGGUUCUGUUCUACGAUACGAAACACUAGCCAUACAACAACACUACAUGAACAGAAUCUACGGCACUGAUGAUAAGCCUCAUCCAUUUCACGCCAUUGGGAUACUUUCUCUCCUCUGUUUGUUUAACAGGCAGCACCAGACAGUUACCCUAGAACGAAAUAUGCAUUUAUAUCGCUUCACAGUACAGUAUGUAGAAUGUAGCCUGUACAUAGCUUUUUAAAUGACUACUUUUUGUAUCCUUUUUUCUUUAAUACUUCAUUAAACAUUUUUACUAGUUUUUGCUAAUUACAAACAAAAAUAUAUAUAUAAAGAUAUAGACCUAGUCAUUACCGUUUAAAUUGUUUUGUUCGAUACACAAACGCUGAACUUUUUUUUUAAACCAUCGUUUUGUUGUUACAUUAGACAAAAGGUGUUGCCUGGAGAACAAAAUAACAUUAAUUCUUAUAUGGCCUUACAUGCAUAAAACCACGUGUAUUAUGAUUCAGUCAUGAUGGGGGAGAAGAAGGAAAACAACGUUGACAAAGUUUCUACGACCAGCCUGAUGUUUAAGCUUAAAAUACCCCUGAUGGAUUUCAAAGUUAUUUUACUAGCACCUUGUGAAGUGUUAUCUGUGUCAGUGAUGUAAUUUAUUAAUGUUUGUAGCCUUUUAUACUUGUACAAUUCUUAAGAGGUUUUGUUUUAAAUAUUUUAUCAGUCUGUGAGCCCCUUAGGACAAUUCUGUCAUUAAUAUGUCUCAUUGAGUUUUGGGCAAUAGUUCCUACAUUUUGUCUUAGCAAAAACAUUUUUGUCUUUACUGUUUUCAUCAGAUCAAGUGCAACUGCUCAUUAAUAGGAAAUGUUACAUUAUUAUUGUUUAUUAUUAUUAUUAUUAUUAUUAAGCAGCUAUUUUAAAGAUUCCUACCAUCAUGCCAUGAAUUUUAUUUUGGUAACAGAUUAUGUACAUUCUUAACAAGGUUUACUGUGCUCAUAAAUUGUAGUGUUUUAGUUGAUGUAAAUCUUGUAUCCACCUUUUCGAUUUGAAACACACCGAUAAAUCUUUGUCAAUGGAACUAUUUCAGGUUUUUAUUUGUACAAAACGUGUGUUGCUUUGUUGUGGUUUAUUUUUAUAUGUUCAAACAAUUAAAUGCAUCCACUGUUUCAUGACAGUGAAUGAUACUUUUGUA